AUAAAGUCAAGAUGAAAUAUUGGCUAAUUUUCAGUUUAAUAUGUGGCCUAUUGGCCCUUAAUGGAGCUUCUCCCCUGCCCGGAGGUGGCGGUGGAGGCGGUGGUGGAGGUGGUGGUCGUGGCUGUAAUUGUGAACCUGGUGGUGGUGGAGGAGGCGGCGGCGGUGGUGGUGGCGGUGCUGGUAAUGGCCCAGGUGGAGCUGGCGGUGCCGGGGGUCCUGAUUGUGUCAGGCCAUCAUGGUUGCCACCAUGUCCAUAAAUUUUGAAUCUAUAUAUAAUUAAAAUAAGAAAACUAAACAAAAAACCAAAAUGAAAAGAUACAAUAAAAAAUAUUAAAACAAUUAACAAAAAA